UUCUUAAUGGGCUCUGCUUUCCUCCGUCCAUCUGCCCUGAUGAUAAACACAGCUGAGCCUGAUGCGCAUCACAGUUUCAAACGGUUUAUUUUCCAUUUUUACAACAAAACUUGAAUUUGAACACUUUUCUACAACAUCUGGAGAGCCACAGACGGAGGAGAAACACCUGGAGUUUAUGAGCAGCGACUUUUGAACAGUUUGGAAGAAAUGGUUGGAACUAACUGGUGAGAUUCUUCACCCUGGAGAUAAAAGGCCAAGAAAAAACAAGAUAUAAAGGUAUCCAAGUUAAAAGAAACUCUGUUUUGUGGAGUUUUUGGAUGUGUGUUCCGCGUCAGAGCGCAUGGGGAGUGCGCACUCUGGGACUGUUUGAGUGACACCACCCAGCCGGUAAAGUAACCUCCGCCCCGGUCCCGGAGGAGGAUGCCUUCCCUGCAUCACGGAGCCAUCUUCGUCGGAGCCUUCCUCAUUGUAACAGGGGGCUCCACAGCCUUCCUGGCCUCGUACCAGAGCCGCCUGCAGGCGUUCUCCCUCUGUUGCGUGGUACUGGGGGUGGUCAUGCUCAUCCUGGGGCUCUUCUGGGCCAUGAACAGCAAGAGUGCCGCGAACUACAACAACCGGGACUUCGACCCGGACUGUCCGCAUUAUCCGUACAACGACUACCCAAACUUCGUGAGCCACGCGCUCUUCACGCCUCCGGGGGGUCGCUUCCCGGAGUCCCAGUCUGUGUUUCUUCCCAGAACGAUGGAGCACCACCGACACGGCGCUCGAGGAGAGGAGUUUGACUACCCCCCCAUGGAGCCUGGAGGUUUCAGUCCUCCUCCUCACCCUCCUCCUUGGUUUGAGCCCCCUCCUCCCUACGAGGUGGCCAUUAAGACCACGUGCAGCUCCACACACCUGCGGCGUGCGUACUCAGACACACACCUGGCAACAGAGCCUCUGUUUGCGCGGUCCAGAGAGAUCAGCUUUGAGGUGUGAUGCGGUGGACACACACACUCCUGCCUUUAACGUCAACAGACUUUGUCAAAACACUUGAGGCAUGCUUCUCAAGGAUGUCGAAAUGUUGUAGCAUGUUUUCUCUAAGUUUAAAGUGAUAACAAAAAAUAUUUACAAAUAUACGUUCAAGAGAAAUAGCACCAAAUCCAGCCUUAUUGAACAAACCAGGACACUGUAUGUGUGUUUAAAGAGCGCAGCAAAUUGUGAGUGUGAAAAACUGUGCAAAGAGAUUUACACCACUGCCAUUUCUGUUUAGAACAACACAAGAUGGUUAGCUUAGCCUAGCACAAAGACAAUAAACAGAUGGAAACAAACUAGCAUUGCUUUAAAGCUCUCUGUUUGGCAUGUAAUAUGAUGGUUGUUUUUUGUGUGUAUAGUCAAAGUUGCAGGCUGGAGUUUUUUUUUUUGCAAGUAGAACUGACUUCCUGCUGUUAUGCUAAGCUAAUCGAAUGCAGAGCAAAUCAGGCAAAUCUUUUUACUCUGAAAGACAUCAAUUUAAAAUAACAAGAUGCAAUGUUUACAGACUCAGAGCAGCAGAUGUUUCAUCAUUGACUGUAUACGAAAAAGUGGACAAAGCAACCAUGACGUCAGCCAUCAGUUUAUUAAAGACUGUUUUGAAGCCUUUA